AAGCCGCCACGUGUUGCCCUACCUGGCAACCCAGCAAACGAGCGAUGGCGUUCCUCCGUCAUCAUCUUCUCCAGAAGAUUUUCCCUUCUCGUUCACAGCCUCGAUACCCUCACUCUCUCUCCCUCUAAACUUUCUCUCUCCUCCCCAUUUUCUAAUCCUUCCCCAGCACUUAUAUAUUCCGAUACGUAAUUUUAUAUCGUAGACCCUCUCUUGUCUACUGCCACGAUACAGAUCGUAACCUGCUUAGAAAACCCGCAACGGGGAAAAAAAAAUUCCAAAAAAGAUUCGGUCUUGAGGUACUCAUGAUUGGCUAGGGUUGUGUGGAUUUGAGUUUGUGUUCAUUUGUUAGGUUUUCGUGGAUUGAAAACCACAUCCGCAUUUCAGGUAAGAUUUUGUAAUUCUACAUUUGGAAUCUGGUUGAUUUCGGUAUCGUAAUUUGGAAUCUGGAUCAGGAGAUUAGGGUUUGUAUAGGUAGUGUUUUCGUGCUGGAUUCAAGGGAUUGAGUAAUACUCGAUGCUUAUGUAAGUAGUAGAUACAUCAAAUCGGAGCAGCUAAUAAGGAGUUGAUUUGAUGAUUGUUUUUGGAAAUGGAUAGAUUUUUGGCAAUGUUUUAUGGGAUGGCCAAUGGAGAACCAAUCAAUAAUGUGAUCGAAAAUGGUGAGAGGACUGGUUAUGGUACUUGUUAUUGAGGUAAUGGAAGUUUUAAGCUAUUAGUGACUUGAGAGAUUCUCAUGUGUCAUAUAUUAGUUGCGAUUCGAGACCCGAAUUGAGCAGCCGAGCGAUACAAUCAGCUGGUUGUGUGUUCGAUGGACAGCCCUACUGCUACCCCUGGAUCACUCCCUAGUUCUAAUGAUGAGAACCCGCGUGUAAAGUUCUUGUGUAGUUUCUCCGGUAGUAUUUUGCCACGUCCCCAAGAUGGGAAGCUGAGGUAUGUGGGUGGUGAAACGCGAAUCGUGAGUGUGCCACGCGACAUUAGUUAUGAGGAGCUGAUGGCAAAAAUGAGGGAGCUUUACGAUGGAGCGGCUGUGUUGAAGUAUCAACAGCCUGAUGAGGAUCUUGAUGCUUUGGUGUCUGUUGUGAAUGAUGAUGAUGUGACCAAUAUGAUGGAGGAGUAUGAUAAGGUGGGUUCUGGAGACGGGUUCACUAGGCUCAGGAUCUUUUUGUUUUCAAAUCCCGACCAAGAUGGCUCUUCCCAUUUUGGUGAUGGGGCUGAAAGGGAUACGGAGAGGAGGUACGUGGAUGCUCUGAACAGCCUUAAUGAAUCGACAGACUUUAGGAUGCAGCUGGCUAGCGAAUCGAUGGCUGAUGAUAUGCAUGCUGCAGAGCAGUACCUUAACCAGAUAAGUCUCGAGAGUAGCCUUCAUAACCAGAGGAAUUACGACAUACCUAUGUCGCAGUUUAACUUGAGGCAACUCACGAUACCUCAUAUGGGAACAGGACAACACCAACAAAUGGAGCCUCCUUGGAGUCCUGCAUACUACUCCCCUCGGCAUCCUGGUAACCAUGAUCCAAGAACAGCAGUGGAGUUUCCAACUUCACCCUCUUCUGCUAGGCACCAUGCACCUUAUGGGGAGUUCUUGGACAAAGGUUUGGACAGAAUGCCUGAGGAAUACGGACGGCAACAAAUAAAUCGUCAAUCCCCAUAUGACAACCAGCCACAUUUUUCUGAUAACGAAGUAUGGUUGCCAACUGGGGCGACACCAGUUGACAGAUCUGGUUUCCCGGGUAACAUACUUCAUGGAAAUCCGGCUGUAUAUGAUGGAAAUAGCAUCUGUGAGCAUUGUCGUGUGACUUUCCAAAGAAAUCAACAGUAUCACGAUUCCUCUUGGAAGCACGGAGAACCACAUUUGGAGCUGCCCAACAAUGGAUUUCACCAGGUCGCUAGUCCAUGCGCCGAGUGCCUUCCGAAUCGGGAAACCUUUGUGUUGAAUACAGACCCAAAAUUUCACCACGGGUUCCACCCCAGAGAGCAAAAUUAUCCUCGGCCAAUUUAUAAUGAGACUCAUAAUCAUGAAAGAGGAUGGAUUCUGCAGCCUCAGGCAAUUCCUCGCCCUGAUGAGCCAAGGUCUCAUGUUCCUGUAUCUGUGAGAUUGAAUGAUCACUACAUAGUUGAUGGUAUCCCUAUUACGCCGGACAGUAUUUCAGAAGGCCUUCAUCAUGUGGCCCCUAAUUAUGUGCAUCCAGAAGACCCACGGUAUGUGAGAUCUGGAGCUCAAUUGGGUACUGAAGUGUUUCAUGACCAAGCUUUCGUUUCUGGAUCUCACAUCCACCAUAUUCCUUCUGUUGAUGACCGUGGGGCUAGGCACGGGAAUUUGCCUUAUGGUUACGGAGCAGAUAAUCAUUACCAUGUGCCAAAUGUACAUGCACCAGCACCAGGACAUACUUUAUGGAGACAUGCUCAUCACCCAAUACAAGCGGGUCCCUCAUAUGAAGUAUCCGCUUCGCCUCAGCUAGCAAAUGGUAUGGUUACUGCAGGAUCUGUCAGGGGUACAUUGGAUGCUAGUCCGAGGUUGUGUAUUGGAGCAGACAAUCAAAAUCCUUGGGUUGAGUCCUCACACAAAAUGGCGGGUUUUGAUGGGGCUGCUGUCCCAGGCAAUUCUUAUGGCAAUGCCUUAAAAUUGAACCCUUAUGCAUAUACUCAGGAAAAUCAGCACCCACUUUCUGCAGAAAAUGUUCAAUUCCCAACUGACGUGUUAAAUUUAGCCACUCCUACAGAAAUUGUGCAGUUAUUGGGUUCACCAUCGAAUUUCGUGAAUGGCAACCUGGUUUCAUUGCCAAGUUCUGGUCCGGAUUUGAGAAAUGAUUUGCAUGUUAUAGAAUCAGCAACGGUGGUGGAGAAAGGUACCAGUGGAGAAGGAAAAGAGACAAAUCAUGCUGACGAAAUCAAAGAUUGUAAAACACAGAGCACCUCUGUUCUAGAGAAAAACAAGAAUGUAGAUGUGGUGUUGCCUCCUGAGUCUAUCCUUUCUAAUGGCUUAAGACCUUCUGAAAACUGCGGUGACAUUGUUAAACCAGAUGAAAAUGGUUCUUGUGCUCCUCUUGAAGAUAAGGAACUCUCUGACCGAUUGAGUUUCUUACCUGAGUUGAUUGCAUCUGUAAAGAAGGCAGCACUAGAAGGUGUUGAGGAUGUGAAAGCUAGGGUUCAAGAAGAUGCUAAUCCUCCUGAAAAUGAAAUGGACCCUGCGGAUGUGCAUGGGGAUCUAGAGUUGGAUUCUGACAAUGACAAUCCAAACAAUUCAAAGAUUGAGCCAUCUAAGGCUGAGGCCGAAGCCAUUGCUAGGGGAUUACAGACCAUUAAAAAUGACGAUGUUGAGGAGAUUAGAGAACUAGGUUCAGGUACUUAUGGUGCCGUGUAUUAUGGGAAGUGGAAGGGUUCGGAUGUGGCGAUAAAGAGAAUCAAAGCCAGCUGCUUUGCUGGGAGACCUUCUGAGAGAGAGCGACUGAUUGCAGACUUUUGGAAGGAGGCUUUGAUAUUAAGCUCACUACAUCAUCCAAAUGUUGUUUCUUUCUAUGGUAUAGUUCGUGAUGGUCCUGAUGGAUCUUUAGCAACUGUGACAGAAUUCAUGGUAAACGGAUCUUUGAAACAGUUUCUACGGAAAAAGGACAGGACAAUUGAUCGUCGUAAGAGACUCAUCAUAGCUAUGGAUGCUGCAUUUGGAAUGGAGUAUUUGCAUGCAAAGAAUAUCGUGCAUUUUGAUUUGAAAUGUGAAAAUUUGUUAGUAAAUAUGAGAGAUCCACAUCGGCCAGUGUGCAAGAUUGGUGACCUUGGCUUAUCAAAGGUGAAACAACACACAUUAGUAUCAGGGGGCGUUCGAGGAACUUUACCCUGGAUGGCACCUGAACUUCUCAGCGGAAAGAGUAACAUGGUAACAGAAAAGAUUGAUGUCUACUCAUUCGGGAUUGUCAUGUGGGAAUUGCUCACUGGAGAUGAACCGUACACAGAUUUGCAUUGUGCUUCUAUAAUUGGAGGAAUUGUGAACAACUCUCUGCGCCCUGAAAUUCCAACAUGGUGUGAUCCUGAAUGGAAGGCAUUGAUGGAAAGCUGUUGGGCCUCUGAUCCAGCUGAGAGGCCAUCGUUCUCAGAAAUCUCUCAGAGGUUGAGAAAUAUGGCUGCAGCAAUCAAUGUGAAAUGAUGCUGAUCUCCGAGCAAUCAAUUUCUCUUACUUGCCUGAAGGCUAGUAAUGCGUUUUCUGCCCUCAUUUUCUCCACUUCCUUUUAUUAUUGGCAUGGAAAGGUAUAUUUAUCUUAAUGAAGUGCAAUCAUAUGCGCUCUGAACUCGAUGUUUCAAUGAUAACUACUCUAUACCCUGAGGAGAACUACGAUGGCAUACCGAGAAUGUUGCUUAUUAUUUUUGGAUAUGGUGGUACAGUUUCUUCCUCAUAUGGGUGUCUUUUAUUAUCUGCCCUUGAAGUGGUACUGACCAGCUAUGAGAGAAUAUGUAUAUAAGUUGAAUGGUAUUGGUAUUCCUAGAUGAUGCAUUAUCCCGAUACAGACGUCGGACCUACUAUUUGUUAUACCUCGAUUUUCUUUAUGUAUUACUGCGAUUUUACACAGUUUCUUCCCUUGGAACAUUAGUAUAUGUUCAUAGUGAACCUGGUUCCAGAGAUGUAUAAAGUGAUACUACUAUUUUGUAGAAUUUCAGGAAAUUAUCGUUCGGGAUU